CUUGACUUCCGUAUUUAAAGCUAACGUCAGAGCCCUAGACACUGUAACACCAGUGUUGGAGAUUAAAUAACUACAGAAAGGAUCAUUAAGACGUUACAUUUUUAUUAAUGACAACACAAAGGCUUACACGGAAAGGACGGAGUAAGUGUCGCAACUCGUCCAGACGUUAACUUUAUUCAGCAGCUAUGAGCGGCGGCUCAGCUUCUGACCAGCUUGAGGAGGUGAGGAGGAGAGGCCAGUCCAUCCUCUCCUCCUCAGGUUCAGCCCAGGAUGUGAAGACUGAGGUCCAGAUUAUGGCCAGCGUCCCCCUGCCUCUGUCAGAGAAGUACUGUCACGUGGGCGCCGACGAAAUGCUGAGGGAGAACGUUGUGGGCCACAGUAGGCAGGAGGUUCUGGAGUCCUUGAGUAGACUGGUCAAGGCCUUGAGUGUCCUUGAGAAGUACGGCUGUAACCUGACGAAUCCUGCUAGGCCCAAAUACUGGAGGAACGUCAAACACAACAACCCCACCUUCAAAAGGACGGUGGACGCAAUCAAAGGCGGCCGAAAAGUUUUGUAUCUGUACGGCUACACCAAUCAGCAGAUAGACGGCCUCAGUUUCCCGGAGGAAGUCGCUGAACCGGACGCUAAUAAGGUUGCUGCACUGACACUUGAGGUCAUGAGCUUACGGGCUGAGGUGGACAUGCUCAUACAGGGCACCCAUCCACAGCCUGAGUACAUCCAAGACAUCUUCCCAUUAAUCAUCCAGCAGGACACGCUGGUGAGUGACUCGGCGCCCUUUCUGCCUGGAGAGGAGAAGCAGCAGGGAAUCAACCAGCAGCUUCUGUCUCCUUCACCCACUCAGAGCACCGGAGGACAACAACCUCUGACCCCAACAACAGGCACAUUCUCUCCUGCAGUCGGUGAGUGUCAUUUGUGCGGUGGACCUUCGUCUCUGGUUUGCCCGUCUUGUAACAAGCAGCCUUUCUGCGCCGCAUGCGAUGACUUUUUCCACCGCCACCCUGAGAGAACCAAUCACAAGAGAGACAAAAUACAGAAAACCAAAGAAGACACCUGCGGCAUCUGUGGGAUUUCUUCUGUGCACGUUCAGUGCUUCACCUGUCCACAGAGGUUGUGUCUGCACUGUGACAAGCUCUUCCACUCUCACCACGACCGCCAAGGACACAACAGAAACGUCAUCACACCGGCCAAAACAUCCAGUCCGUCUCUGUCACCUUGGGAGUGCUCUCACUGCACCACAGUUAACGAGAUGCAGGCCGUCCUCUGCGCGACCUGUGAACGACCCCGACUCGCCACGGCUGCCUCCAAUGUUCAGGAAAGCCUGUCGUCAAUCCCAACAUCUCUCAACACAGAGUGGCAGUGCAAGAGCUGCACUGUUGUGAAUCAAGGCAGCAGCAUCCUCUGUGAGGUGUGUGAGCGCCCUCGUCUGGCCACCCGCCCGCCGGUCACACCGGUUCUGUCCAGUCCAGGAUCUCUGUCUGACUCUGGAACAAAGUGGAUGUGCCAGUUCUGCACCUUUGAAAACACAAAGCCCGCUCUGGUGUGUGUGAUGUGCAACCAGGCCUGUAAAGACUCCACUAGAGUUUCUUUGCCCCAGUCCCCCCAACAGACCCCGACAUCCGCAGCUAAAGAGCAACCUCAGCCGAGGAUCAAACCCCAACCGAAACCCAGAGUCAACCUGGAGCUUAAGAGACAGAAGAUGAUGAGGGAUGACGGCCUCAGGCUCGUCAACCAGAUCAGAGAAGCAGAAAAGCGCGGCGUCAGUCCUGAGGAGGUGUACGCAGCCAUCUGCAUGUGCGGUGGCAGCAACACAAACCCCUGUGAUUGGCUGACGUCAGAGCUGCCUCACCUGCUGGAUGAAAUCUGCGCCAUGGCGGCUUCCGUCCAGCUAAACUACAAAGCAGAGGAUUCUGGGAUGCUCCUUGAGUUGCAGAGAGACGAAGAGGCGACUGGUCUGACCGUCACAGGUGGAGGUGUGAAGCUGUCCCGGGCGGAGGCCAAGCUGGCGUGGUUAGCUGCAGGAGGAGACACAGAGAGAGCCGUGAGACAGCUGCUGAGAGACAGACAGGUCAAGAUGAAGGAGUUGCACUCUCUGGGCUUCAGGGACGUGUCCCAGUGUGAGGAGGCGCUGCGUCAGAGCGGAGGAGAGGUGAAGGGCGCUCUGUCUCUGCUGCAGCGCCCCCUCCUGGAGCACUUUCACCAGCAGAUCUGGGCAGACCAGCCUGAGCCUCCAAUUGAUCCCAAACACCCUGACAAACAGAGGAUGUGCAGACGUCUGCUGGCGCUGUACGAUCUGCCCAGCUGGGGGCGCUGCGAGCUCGUCCUCGCUCUGCUUCAGGAGUCAGAGGUCACUUGCUCUCUGGAGGACGUGGUGCAAGCUGUGAAAGAGUCCCCCCCCGACAAAGAUUUCAUCAGACGUCUCCUCAACAACGAGUGUCCCUGCUGCUUCAGCAUCUUCCCUCGAAGCAAGAUGCAGUCCCUGACCUCCUGUCAGUGCUCAGUGUGUCACGACUGCUUCAGGCAGCACUUCACCAUCGCUGUGAGAGACAAACACAUCCGAGAAAUGGUGUGUCCCGUCUGCAGCGGGCCGGACAUCAACGACCCCGAACAGAUGGACAGCUACUUCUCCACAUUGGACAUCCAGCUGCGGGGCUGCUUGGAGCCAGUUGUGUACGACCUGUUUCAUAAAAAGCUGACGGAGCAGGCUCUGAUGAAAGACCCAAAGUUCCUCUGGUGUUAUCACUGCGUCAGCGGCUUCAUUAAUGAAGAAGACCAGCUGAAGGUCACCUGUCUGUCCUGCAAGAAGAGUUUCUGCGCUCAGUGUAAGAAGCCUUGGGAGGCUCAGCAUCAGGAUCUGUCCUGUGAGCAGUUCCAGCAGUGGAAGCGUGAGAACGAUCCCGAGUAUCAGCGGCAGGGCCUGGCCGGGUUCCUGAGAGACAACGGCAUCACCUGUCCUGGCUGCAGGUUCCAGUACGCUCUGACCAAAGGCGGCUGCAUGCACUUCACCUGCUCCCAGUGCAGGUACCAGUUCUGCAGUGGCUGCAACAAUCCCUACCACAAGACUGUUUGUCGGACUCCCCAGUGCAAUUUUUCCGGCCUGCAUGCUCAUCACCCCAGAGACUGUCUGUUCUAUCUCAGAGACUGGGAGCCGCCCAGGCUGCAGGAACUUCUGCAGAGGAGUGGCGUGGAGUUCAACACAGACCCUUCAGACGGAGCUCAAAGUGUCACAUGCUGUGUGAUGGAGCAGAAAGAUGACGACGGUCUGCAGACUGAUUCCCCGUGUGGAACCCAAACUCAGCCGGGACAGGCCGGACUCUGCGAGAAGCACUACAGGGAGUACUUGGUGAGUCUGAUAAACGCUCACUCUCUGGACCCGGCUCUGCUCUACGACCUCCAGGAGCUGACCCGGGCCUGCGACAGACACCAGGUGGACCAUCAGAGAGGAGAGAACGAGGACGAAAACGUCUACCACGCUCGACUGCUCAAGAAACUGAUGGAGGUUCCUCUUGGAGAAAAAGUUCCCCGGAACCAAACAAGAAUUCUGCCUGAAGAACAAUCAUCGGACGUCGAAUAAAGCUGGACAUUCAUUAAAAACAUGAACAGAACUGACUAAACUCCUGACCCCGACAGCUGAGUGACAAGAUGAAGAAACUAAUACAGCGGCUUUGGAUCUGUAUUUAUUCAACGUUAUGAUAGACGUAUAUCGACAGAAUGAAUCUGUCAGAACACGUCCUCCUGAUCGUGUUUGAGUUUCGUCUCUUCUUUUUUUAACUUUAGAACUUGUUCUCCAUUUGUCUUCACAUCUCAAUGAAUCAUAAACUCUCUUAAUUAACUUUUAUUUUGGAUUACAUUUGAUGCUGCACAAAAACAAAGGUUUAUUGAUUUUUUAUUCUCUUGAAAGCAAAAAUGUGUGUUGAAAUGAUUCAUCUGUGAAUAAAGCUAUGUGGGCAGAAUAAUAUAUAUAUAUAAUAAUAAAUCAUAUAUAAAUCAAAAACCUUUAUUGGGGUAAAUAUUUUGUCAAACAUUGAGUUCAUUCGCUGCUGUCUCGGUUUCUGAUUGAUUGUGGUUUACAUAUGAUGAACAAAUCAAAGGCAAUAAAAAAAUGUUUUUGAAAAGUUGAUUUAUUCAUGAACUUGCGGAGACAAAAUCUAUAAAUAAAAAACUUCUUAAGU